CCGCAUUCGGCCGCCAGCACUUGCUCCGCAGCGCGAAAGAAAUCGCAUUCGCAAAAGCGCCAUGGCCAGCGGCCUGGCGGGGAAGGUGCGUCGCGCCCGCGAGUCUGAUGAGUUUGACCUCAGUGGCUAUGACCAGGCACGGUGUCAAGAGCUGGCCAAGGAUGCCUUCAGCGAGCCCUUCCCCUUGAAGGAGAUGGUACGGAUCUCCUUCGUGGUGGGCGGCGGGAAAUUGGUGCGGCAGAAGUAUUCCGACGAUCUGCCCAAGCACAUGGUGAAUGCCUUGAGCGCAGUGGGAUUCCAAGAGGACAAUAGUGCCACAGUGGAACCCAGCUCGGCAGGGAAGUUCAAGUACCACCAUGAUACCAACAAAAACCUCAAGUUCGUCCAUGUCUUUCCCAAGCUGAUGGAAGAGGCGGCCACGGCGGCCCGGCCCGAGGGCGAGGAGGAGGCUGCCGAAGCACCGCGUGGUGCUCCAAAGACGCCGGAAGAGCUCCUGCUGCAGAGUGACGAGGCGGACUUUACACGGUACUUGCAAACGCACCUGGUCACCUACGCGCAGAAGCAGAAGCUCUUGGAGCUUCUGAAGCAUCGCAUCGCCGCCCUGGAGGAGAUCGAGGGCAAAAUGAGUCGCCUCGAGAAGAUGACCAGCGAGGAGGAGCAACUCUUUGAAGCCGUGGGCGCUGAGGAGCUCCGGGAGAAGGUCAAGCAGACACGUAGCGAGUUGCAGAACAUGGUUGACGCGAAGCGUCUCACCAGCGCCGAGAAGAGCGACUUCCUGGAACAGCUGGAGAGCAAGAUUGCUCUCACAAAAGAAGAGCUCUCCAAGGCCGAGGCGGAUGGCAAAAGUAAGAAGGCGCAGGCUCUCAGCGAGCACUUGGAGGUCAUGCAUUCCACGCGCAGCUCCAUCAAGUCGGCCGAGCCCGCUCCUUUGCCGCCGCUGAAGCAUGGGGAGCAGAUCCGGAAGCUCCGGCUGAAGCUUGCAGAGCUUGCGCAGCUGGAAAAGGACAAGCGAGGAAACUAUUCCCUCGAUGAGCUGAAGAGGCUGGGCGAACGCCCGGAGCUUCAGGAGGCCGUCGAGGAACUCGAGCGCCGCGCGAAGGGUUGGCUCGAGAGCGACGAGGUCUUUGAAGAACGUCUUCAAGCAGCAGACGCAGCAGAUUAGUGUUUGGGUGGAGUGGUUCCAGUUGGGAACAAUUGGCUCUCACAUGCUCUCACAGUAACGACUCUCCGAAAGAAAGGCCCUCUUUCAUCAUAUCCUUCCAAACUCUUGUUUCCAUUCAAAUAUCUUAUGAUAUUUUUGUACACAGAAAUUGCAGGUGUGCAGUGGCUUAAACCCCCGCUUGUGAUGCUUUUGGUUGACCAACAGAUUGCGCUGCUGUAGCAUUGUUCCCCACUCCCUGCCACCCCAACAAUCAAUGUCAUCGGCCUAGAAACAACCGAUCUGCUUUGUUAUAUUGGCUUUUGAUAUAUUUGCGGAUUCCCCACCCAGAACAUUCGGCCCUAUAAAGCCUCAGUUUGCAAUUGUUUGAAUCUGGAUUUGGAGCUUCUGCAUGCCCUCCAAAGCCAUAGGCCAACCUACGCUUGGGCGGCAAAGCGAAAGCCGCGCCCCGGGCGACGGGUGGCUACAGCACCGUGACGGGCGGGGCGAAGCCCGCCAAAGCCAAGGCCAAAGCGCCGGGAACGCGGAACGCCUUCGGCGCUCUUGGCUGAGGCUAAUCCACCGACCCGGUGGAAGAGACGGAGGAAAGCGCCAAGGUAAAAAGAACUGGUUCAUCAAGAGGUAAG